AUGUUUUUUAUUAAAAAUAAAUUAUUAUUAUUUUUAAUUUUAUAUUUAAUUGAAGUAACUAUUCAAGUUAAUUUAGAAAAUGAACUUGAGAAUUUGGAAGAAAGUAUUAACGAAAUAUUUAAAAUCAUUGAAGAUAAAAAUUUAGAUCGGGAAGAUAAAAAAUGUAAAUGUGAAGGAGAAUAUAAAUUUAAUUGCACUGAAGCUUGUUCUCCAAAUGGAAUUAGCUUUUUGGUUGAAGGAUUGGAGAAAAGCGAUUUUGGGUUGAGUUUAGGUAGUUCUGAUUAUCAAAGAAGUCGAGAGGCAAAUGGCAAGUUUAAACAAUAA